AUGCGAUCCCACCAGCGGGUGCUUGUUGCUCGGGCCCACAACCGGAGCGUCGCCAUCUGCAGCUGCUCCGUGACAGAAUCUAAUUCACUGGAGUUAUCCACAGAGAGGCAGCAGACAGAGCAGCCAGCGGAGAAGGUGGAUGAAUCCAUUAAUUGUCGGGCAACUCACAAAGACCUCAAGGGAACCACAGGCCAGCGCAGAAUCCUCACCGGAGAGAGAAAAAACACCGGCGCUGAGUGUGGGAAAAACUUCCGUAGACGCUCAACCCUUAUUAAUCAUGAGAGAAUCCAUACGGCAGAGAGACCCUAUGAACGCAGCGAGGGCGGGAAAAGCUUCACUAAGCGUUCAAACCUUAUGAGACAUCAGAAAAACCGCAAGGGGGAGAAGCCCUACAACUGCUGUGAGUGCGGGAAAAGCUUCAAUGAGAGCUCAAUUCUUAUUGUGCAUCAGAGAACCCACACCGGGGAGCGGCCCUGCGCAUGCGGUGAGUGUGGGAAAACCUUCACUCAGCGCUCAGCCCUUAUUUCACAUCAGAGAAUCCAUACGGGAGAGAGACCCUAUGGAUGCUGUGAGUGCAGGAAACGCUUCUCUCAGCGCUCACACCUUAUUACUCACCAGAGAAUCCACGGGGGGGAGAGACCCUACGCAUGCCCUGAGUGUGGGAAAUCCUUCACUCGGCGUUCAAACCUGAUCACACAUCAGAAAAUCCACAUGGGAAAUCCUCAACCAUGUUAG